AUGGAAGGGAACCUUCCCAUCUGGGAUGUUGGGCCUGAAGUCGCUAUCAUGGCUGGUUUGACACUCACGAAAACAAGUGCAUCGAUGAGAGCAGUGAUUUCGUGCUACGCAUCCAGAUCAGGAAUUCGUCCACAAUGGCAGCCCAUGACUUCGUCUGGAUAUCAAAAAGGAUUACAGGGUUCAAAUUUACCAACGUACUUAUCUCCUCAGCAGCAGCAAGGAACUGGACGACAAAACGCCACCGGAGCGAUCCAGUACCAACCCCUGAAUCAAGCUAGUGGCGGUUAUAACGGUGCAAACAACGGCUACCAAACUGUGGCCGUUACUGGUUACUCACAGACCGGCACUGGUUACAGCCCUAUUUCCAAUCAGAUUUCAAACCCGUCGGCUGUUCAAACGCCACAGGGCGUUCGAGGAGAGAGUCAGCAAGCCUGGAAUUCUCAGUACAAUGGGGCUAAUGACUAUUUACCCUAUCAAACACCAAAUCCAAACAUGGGCGGCCAUAUCCAAGGAACGUCUUUCCCUCAACAACCGCAACGAGAUGAUCAGACGGGACAGACGAGGACGUAUCAAGUCACAGCUACUUACGACGAUACGCAAAGGCUAGCAGGAUCAUCUUCCACUGGCUGGACGCAAACGACAGCAUCUCCACCUUUUACACAGGCACCGUAUUCGCAAUCCAAUGUCCCAGUUCAGGGAGUCUUUCCCACUGCCCCUAUCAGCAUAUAUCCCGUUCAAUCACCUACCACCAGCAGCGGAACUCAGGGCUAUACAUCUAGUGCAUCUGGAAUGUCCUAUACGACAACGCCUUUUCCAUACAGUUCAACUCAGAACCCAAAUCAGUGGCCCACUUCAACCCAGAACCCAAAUCAGUGGCUCACUUCUCAAGGUGUCAUUAAUCCUAGUCAGGGUCUUUACGGCACCACUGCUACUCAAUCUGAAAGUACCUACCCAGUUGGUUCCCCUCAUCUAGCCAAAGCCAGUACACAAACCAGUACGAUCAGGGGUCAACUCAAAGCACCAUGUACGGUUCCACGUCACCCACUCCUUACAACCCAUCAACAACUCCAAUGCCUACUUUUGGGUUCACUUCACCCAGCCUCCAGUCCUCGUACGACUUUCAAACAAAUGGGCCUCAGAGCUCUUCAAGUUCUCCCUCUUCUUCUUGGUCGACGAGUGGCUUCUCCACGUCGUCCCCGCCGCCUACGCAAUAUGGUCAAACAGGUGGCCCUUCUGGGCAAUCUCAGAGCUCCUCGAUGGGAUUCACUUCACCCACUCAGUACAAUCCUUCAACGACACAAAUGCCCACUGUCGGGUUCACUUCGUCCAGCCAGCAGCCUUCAUACGAUUAUCAAACCAACCGACCUUCAAGCCCUUCAAGUUCUUCCUCUUCUACUUGGUCUACGAGUGGCUUUGCAACAUCGUCUACGCCGCCAAUACAGUACGACCAAACAGGGAGCCCUUCUGGGCAAUAUCAAAGCUCCUCAGUGGGUUUAA